AUGGUCGCUCCGUCGACGGAGCCGCGCGAGGCUGCUGCGCCGACGGAUCUUGCGGGCAUCUCGCCGUCGGCUGCUCGUGGAGGCUGGCGCGUCAUCCUCACGGGCACGCCGCUGCAGAACAACCUGAACGAGUACCACGCGAUGGUCGACUUCGUGCGGCCCGCGCUGCUCGGCUCGGUGCCCGAGUUCCGCAACCGCUUCGUCGCGCCGAUCACCAACGGCAACACGCUCGUGCUUCGCGGCGCAGGCUCCUGA